AUUGUAAAAACUUCCUAUGGGUCCAUUGAAGGUGCGACUACGGACAAAGCUAAUGUAUUUUUUGGAGUUCCCUAUGCUACACCACCAGUAGGUGAUAUGAGAUGGAAAAAUCCAGUAAAUCCUAAAGCAUGGGGUCCAAGUGUCUAUAAAGCUACUGAAAAGAAAUCUGGAUGUACUCAGUGCCACAUCGUAAUAUCCAAUUUGAAUUCACUUCAGGUAUCCGAAGAUUGUCUAUACUUAGAUAUCUUUACACCACUAGGAACCAAUGCGUCUUCUGGAUUGGCAGUGAUGGUAUAUAUUCAUGGUGGUAACUUUGUUCAUAUGAGUGCCAAUUCUCUUCUGUUUGAUGCUCAAGUUAUCUCAAUGAGAGGUGGAAUUAUUCAUAUAAAUGUCGAAUAUAGACUUGGCGUAUUUGGUUUUUUAUUUACUGGCUUAAAGGACGACGAUGUACAAGGAAACUAUGGAUUCAGAGACCAGCAACUCGCUCUACAAUGGGUCCAAGAUAACAUUAGAGCUUUUGGUGGUGAUCCUGACAGAGUAACACUAUAUGGUCAAUCAGCAGGAGGUCAGUCAACCAUGAUUCAUCUUACCAAUGCCAAGAGUGAACCUCUGUUUCAACAAGCCAUUGUUGAGAGUUCUCCUUUCACAAUCCCUUACAAAUCCUAUCCAGAAGCAUUACUCCUAAGUGCCGAAUUUUCCAAUCUGGUCAACUGUCCACCAUUGGAUUCUAACUGUUUGAGAAACUUAUCAGCCGAGGUCUUAGUCGAGGCACAAUUCAAAGCAAGAUCAAAGAUAGCUUCAGUUAAAUUAUUAGAAGCAUUUGAACCUUGGGGUCCUGUUGUUGAUGGAGAAGUGUUGGAUGAGCAACCUCUGGUCAAACUAGCUCAGGGUCAGUUCUCACAGAAACCUAUCAUGAUAGGGACCACUUCAGAAGAAACCAGAAUAUAUAUUUACAGUGCUUUUAACAAGAGGAUUGACAACUUAUCAUAUUUCGAGAUUGUGUUUGCCACUUACCCUGGACACGGGUUCCAAAUCUUGUAUAUGUAUCCACCAGACAUGCCAACCGACGAGCGUGACCAAAUGACCAAACUCUCAACAGAUUUAGUCUUUGUUUGCUCCACCAGAAAUGCAUCUAGGACAAUGGUGAAAUAUGGCAACGCUAAUACUUGGUUGUAUUUAUGGGAUCACGCUUUCUCCUUUCCUGGAUGGGGCAACAUUACUUUUUGCGAGGGUCAUGUUUGCCACGGAUCUGAGAUACCAUUUGUAUACCAAACAGCUUCGCUUGCUGGUUUCAAAUAUACGCCAGAGGAACUCAUUUUGAGUGAUUUGAUCAUUCAAUAUUGGACAAAUUUUGCAAAAUAUGGUGAUCCAAAUAAA